AAUAAUAAGGCCUUAUCGCACACACAAAAUUUGACAGGCAGAUAAACAUCCACACAUCCGAAAAUCCCAUAAGGUUAUCCCCAACCUCAAUAUCCACAAAAUCACUUCUUCACUUAUUGCAUGUUCUACUUCAAUUCUGCACACAACGUUUCACUCUCUGAACUUGAGGUACUUCCUUCUUGUUCUUUUGGGGUCUGAAAAUUCAUAUUUCUCUUGUUUCUCCUCUUUUCAUGGGAAAACACUUUCUGGGUAGGUUCAAUUCUUAGCUGGGGUGUGUUCUAUAAUGAGGAACUGUUGAGGUUUCAUUGUUUGGAGCUUUUUGUUUCUGUUUUUGUUUUGUGGGGUGAGGCUAAAUAUGCUUAUAUUGGUGGGGAACGUGCAAGGAACAAUGAGUUCUCUUGCUUCCCCAGUGAGUUUGGGGAGUCUUACAGGGGUGAGUUCCUCUGGGAGGUCUCAUUCUGUUGUGAGGAGAGUCUCUCUUUCUAGAGGGAACUGUAAGAAGAACAAGAAAUGGCAUUGUGUGUCCUUUUCUAUCUGUAGAUAUUCAGUCACCACAACUGAUUUUAUUGCUGACCAAGGCAAUUCAGUGUCCCUUGAUUCUAGUAGUGAUAGUAAAGGUGGAGAUAGUAGUGCUGGUUUUGUCCUUAAGCCUCCUCCUAAGCCUGUGUUGAAGUCCCCGGGCGAUAAGGGGGACCCCAUUUUAGGCUCAGGUUCUUGGGGGGGUUCAAGGAAAACUGAGGACUCGGAUGAUGUCGAAGAGAGGAAUAAAGUGAUUGAAUCGCUUGGAGAGGUAUUGGAGAAGGCUGAAAAGCUGGGAAGUCCUAAAUUGGAUGGGGAAAGAAAUAACGGGUCGGUAAAUAAACCGGCAAGACCUGAUGUUAAUGCUAAUCCUAGGGCUGAUAAUAAGCCUGUAAAUUCAGUAAAAACCCAGAAGUCUAAAACCUUGAAGAGUGUAUGGCGUAAAGGGGACACAGUUGCAACUGUGAAGAAGGUUGUGAAAGAAGUGCCGAGGCCUACUAGCAAGAUUGAAGUGGGGAAAUCUGAAAUUGGGGGAGAGGAGAAGGUUACACCGCAGUCUCGUGCUCCUCAGCCUCCUUCAAAACCUCAACCAAUGUUACAAUCGAAGCCUUCUAUAGCUCCCCCACCCAUAAAAAAACCUGUUGUGUUGAAGGAUAAGGGGGAAGCUGAACCAACUGUUAAAUCAAAAGAAAGGAAGCCCAUCUUGAUUGAUAAGUUCGCAUCCAAGAAACCAGCAGUUGAUCCUUCAAUUGCUCAAGCAGUUCUGGCCCCUCCAAAACCAGGGAAGGCUCCUCCCCCAGGAAAGUUUAAAGAUGAUUACCGGAGGAAAGGUGCUCCCACUGGGGGAGGACCAAGAAGACGACUAGUAGCUGAUGAUAUGAUUGCUGAUGAGGACACAUCAGAACUCAAUGUCUCUAUUCCUGGUAAAACAAGAAAAGGAAGGAAAUGGAGUAAAGCAAGCCGAAAGGCAGCAAGACUCCAGGCGGCCAAGGAUGCAGCUCCUGUCAAAGUAGAAAUUCUUGAGGUCGAUGAAAAAGGUAUGCUGGUGGAGGAGUUGGCCUACAAUUUGGCAAUCAGCGAAGGUGAAAUCCUGGGUAUUCUAUACGCUAAGGGGAUUAAACCAGAUGGGGUACAAACUCUAGACAAAGAUAUGGUGAGGAUGAUUUGUAAUGAGUACGAUGUUGAAGUUAUAGAUGCUGAUCCUGUCAAAGUUGAAGGAUUAAUGAAGAAAAGAGACAUUCUUGAUGAAGGUGACCUUGACAAACUCAAAGAUAGGCCUCCUGUCAUUACUAUUAUGGGCCAUGUAGAUCAUGGCAAGACAACACUUUUGGAUUAUAUACGGAAGAGCAAGGUAGUUGCUUCAGAAGCUGGUGGGAUCACACAGGGAAUUGGGGCUUAUAAAGUGCAAGUACCUAUUGAUGGUAAACCAUUGCCUUGUGUUUUCCUUGACACUCCUGGGCAUGAGGCAUUUGGCGCAAUGAGAGCCCGUGGAGCAAGUGUAACAGACAUUGUCAUUAUUGUUGUGGCUGCUGAUGACGGUAUUCGUCCACAGACAAAUGAAGCUAUAGCUCAUGCCAAAGCAGCAGGAGUGCCCAUAAUCAUUGCUAUAAAUAAGAUAGAUAAAGAUGGUGCAAAUCCAGAACGAGUAAUGCAAGAGCUUUCUUCGAUUGGUUUAAUGCCAGAAGACUGGGGUGGUGACAUCCCAAUGGUUCAGAUAAGUGCUCUUCAAGGGAAGAACGUAGAUGAUCUUUUAGAAACUGUUAUGCUUGUUGCUGAGUUGCAAGAACUGAAAGCUAAUCCUGAUAGAAGUGCAAAGGGCACAGUCAUCGAGGCAGGGCUAGAUAAAUCAAAAGGACCAUUUGCUACAUUUAUUGUACAGAAUGGUUCCCUUAAAAGGGGAGAUAUAGUAGUUUGCGGAGAAGCAUUCGGAAAGGUGCGGGCUCUAUUUGAUGAUGGUGGAAAGCGUGUUGAUGUAGCUACACCUUCUAUACCUGUACAGGUUAUUGGAUUGAAUCAUGUUCCUAUUGCUGGCGAUGUAUUUGAGGUUGUUGAGUCCCUUGAUACUGCACGUGAAAGAGCAGAUUCCCGUGCUGAGUCAUUGCGAAAUGAGCGUAUUUCAGCAAAGGCAGGGGAUGGCAAGGUCACCCUUUCUUCCUUAGCUUCUGCAGUUUCAUCAGGAAAGCUUUCUGGAUUAGAUCUGCACCAGCUAAACAUUAUUUUGAAGGUUGAUCUUCAGGGAUCCAUUGAAGCUGUCAAGCAAGCCCUGCAGGUGCUACCACAAGAUAAUGUCACGCUGAAGUUUUUAUUGGAAACAACUGGGGAUGUAAGCACAAGUGAUGUUGACCUUGCGGUUGCAAGUAAAGCCAUUAUCUUUGGAUUUAAUGUCAAGGCACCAGGCCCUGUCAAAACCUAUGCAGACAACAAAGCUGUUGAAAUUAGAAUAUAUAGAGUUAUUUAUGAAUUAAUUGAUGAUGUACGAAAUGCAAUGGAAGGGCUCCUGGACCUUGUUGAGGAACACAUAACAAUUGGUUCAGCAGAAGUGCGGGCCACAUUCAGCAGUGGUAGUGGUCGUGUUGCUGGAUGUAUGAUCACGGACGGAAAGAUACAAAGUGGCUGUGGUAUUCGAGUCAUUCGGAAGAAAAAAACGGUUCAUGUUGGUACUCUUGUUUCCUUGAGACGGGUGAAGGAGAUUGUUAAAGAGGUAAAUGCUGGUCUUGAGUGCGGACUUGGGUUAGAGGACUUUGAUGAUUGGGAAGAGGGAGAUUUUGUUGAAGCCUUCAACACAGUUCAGAAGAAGAGGACCCUUGAAGAGGCCUCAGCAUCAAUGGCAGCUGCUGUGGAGGGAGUAGGAGUUAAACUAUAGAAUGAACAAUGAAGCGACACUACGAAAAGGGUUCCUAUUUUGUGUUUGAGAGUGUCCGGAAAAGCAUUCGGCGUUCGUGCUUAACAAAAAAAAACCCCGAUUUCUCUCAAAUUGAUGUUGUGAUAUUGGGAAGAGGUAACAUUGAAGGUGGCAGCUGAAGAUCUAAAGUUCAAAUUGAUUUGUUCCUUUUGUUUGUUGUAGAGGUGUAUAUAACAACAUACAUUAGUUUCAGCUCCAUGUAAAGAGGGUAAAAGUUUCAAUGCCUUGACCCAGAAAUGCUUGUAACACCCACGUAUAAGACAAGGAAAGAAAAAGAAUUGCAAUUUUCCCUUUCAUUUUUUGUAUGAUGCUCUGAAAUGGAUGGCAUCAUCUUAUUUUUUAUAAAAGGAGAAGAAAAAAAAUGGAUGCAUCAUUUCAGAGGUCUGUGAAAUUGUAUCUCAACUGUGUUUUGUUCCUAGAUCAUAUAUACUCAAAUGGUCUAUAGACUGCAUCGUUGUAAA